AUGGGAACCUAUCUCAACGAAGCUGAUAGAGCUGAUCCUGAUUGGAAGCAGGAUUGGUUCGGAGAUAAAUAUCAGUGGCUCAGCUCGGUCAAGAAGAAGUAUGAUCCGAGUGAGGUGUUCUGGUGCUGGCACUGUGUCGGAAGUGAGGACUGGGAAAAGGUGAAGGGUGGAACGAUGUAUGGACCUUUGUGCCAGACGAACUGA